AUAGACCAAAACUGGAAUUCGACUCUGCCAAAUUUUCGUCUUUAAUAAGACUUCUUUGGCGCAGACAUUCAUAUCUUGAAUUAAAUGUUGUUUUUUUUAUUUAAGCUUAACUUAACUUUAAGCUUAUAUGUCGCUUUUUGAUUUACAGCAUGUGAAAAGUGUAAAGGUCACGGCCAUAAGGCUGAAAAAUGUCCCACUGACGGGACAAAUAAUAAUGUGCGCUGUUAUAGGUGUCGGGGGCAGGGGCACAAAAAAAAACAAUGCCCCACACGACCUAAAAAGAAGAACAACAACAAGAAGAAAAGAGGCAAUGCAGCUGCAGGCGGUGGCAGUGAUGGCCACAAUGGUGGAUCGUGUUCGCAGCAGUUCUCGAAGGAACAAGUCAUGUUUAAUUCAGGCAUGCGCCGCCAGUGAAGUUGUUGGCGAUAAGAGAGGAAGAGCCAAUAAAAUUAGAGAUGGCAGAAGGUUUCACGGAGGAAGAAAAAUCAGAGUGCAUGAGAAUGCAGCAAGAACAUUUAAACUGCGCACAGGCUGAGCGGAAAGCAUGUUCAAGGGCUAAAGAUGCAUUAGGUAACAGAGAAAGUGAAAACCGUCGCGGGCCUUGUUCAUGCUUUCUUUGUUUUGUUUAUCAACCUCCGGAAAUGAUUUAAAAUGUGGCUCUUCUUGAAACUUUAACUACUCAUGCUAACCCUCUAAUUGGACACCAGUCUGAAUUCUGGGGGAUCUAACUUUCAUUUAAUUUGCUCGAAAAACCAGCCUGCUGUCAAUAAGCAGUAUUUCUCGAUUAGACAGUAUUUCCCGAUCAGACCUAUCUCUAAAUCCUUGCUUGAUCAUAUUUUUGUUUCCAGCUCUGAUUUUGUUAUUGAAUCUGGAACUGCUCCUCAUUGUUUGAGUGAUCACCUUCCCGUUUAUGUUGCAUGAAAAUUUAGAGUCAGUCUAGACCGCCUGGUCAUAUAACAUCUUGCUUACGCUCGCGGAAACAUUUUUGUGUUGAUGCCUUUUUGCAUGACUUAUCUUUAGCACCCUGAAGUACGUUAGUCAUGUUCAAUGAAGCAAACCUUGCACUUGAACAAUUGUUCUCAAUUGUCAAAAGCGUACUUAACCAACAUGCGCCGCUAAAGGAACAUCGGGGCAAGCGUAAGGCCUGGCUGGUUUAUGAGUGAAAUAAAUAGCGCCAUAAAAUAGUGUUAUCGCUUGCAUUGUUAUGCAAUACAAACGCAAUCGCCAGCCGCAUUGGAUGCUUAAUGACACGCGCUCAAUUCUGUUGUACAUCUCAUAAAGAAAAGUAAAAAGUCGUACUAUAAAGCAAUAAAAAAUCUUGAUAAACCUAAAA